UUUCUCGCUUCCCUGUCUUUCAGGUUCUCCACGAGCAGAUCGAGAUCCCGGGCACGGUUCUGAAGCUGUGCCACCUGAGCUCCCGAGCGGCCGGCUACCGCUCGCUGCUGAAGAUCACCAUGACCCAGGCGGUGGUGCCACUCAGCCUGGUCAAGGUGCACCUAAUGGUGGCGGUGGAAGGACACCUCUUCCAGAAGUGGUUCCACGCCUCGCCCAACCUGGCCUACACCUUCAUCUGGGACAAGACAGACGCCUAUGGCCAGAGAGUCUACGGGCUGUCUGAGGCUGUCGUGUCAGUAGGGUAUGAGUAUGAGACGUGUCCCAGUCUGAUUCUGUGGGAGAAGAGAACCGCUGUGCUGCAAGGUUACGAGCUGGAGCCAUCCAGCCUGGGCGGCUGGUCUCUGGACAAACACCACACACUCAACCUGCGCAGCGGCAUCCUGCACAAGGGGAGCGGCGAGAACGGUCUUCAUCUCCCAGCAGCCCCCCUGUGA